AUGCAUUACCAAGCUCUCCUCGUCGCAUACUUCUCCGCCACGGCGGCCGGACUGCCAUUGUUCUCGAAGAACACUCGUCAAAGCUUGCCAGGGCUAGGUAGCGGCACCGGGACCGGCAGCGGCAUCCCAUCUCUCCCAAGCGGUCUUCCAGGCCUGGGUGGCGAUGGCACCGGCUCCGGAAUCCUGCCCAUUCCUAGCGGCCUUCUUGGGGGACUCGGCGGCAGUGGAACUGGCUCAGGAUCAUUGCCGAUUCCCACUGGACUGCUUGGAGGACUGGGAGGAGGCUCGGGAACUCCUGCCCUUCCAACCGGCCUCCCCGGCCUGGGCGGGGACAGCACCGGCUCCGGGCUUGACCUAUCCGGCCUCCUGGGGGGCACAAGCACAGGCACAAGCGACGCCGCCGCCGACACCGCCGACACCUCCACCUCAGCCAACACCGCCGCCGCCGCCGCAGACUGCAACGCCGUGACGGUCAUCUUCGCCCGCGGCACGACCGAGGCAGGCACCCUGGGCAGCGUGGUCGGCCCCGGCCUCCAGAAAGCCCUCGGCUCUUCCGCCACCGUCACGGGCGUGGCGUAUGCUGCGGACGCGGGCGGCAUCGCGACCGAGAUCUCCCCCUCGGGCGGCGCCGGCACGCAGGCGAUGGUCAAGGCGGUGCAGUCGGCGCUGUCCAGCUGCCCCGACACGCAGAUCGUGCUGUCCGGGUACUCGCAGGGCGCGAUGCUCGUGCACAACACCAUGAACAACCUGGCCUCGGCGCAGGCGGGCAAGGUCAAGGCCGCCGUGACGUUUGGCGACCCUUUCGUUGGCCAGGCUGUCAAGGGCAUCCCGGACGGGGCGUUCAAGUCCUACUGUGCCUCGGGCGAUACUGUCUGCUCUUCUGGGGUUGCUUCUUCGCCUUCGUCUGGUGGCACCACGAGUGCUAGUGCUAUGGGCCACUUGGGCUACGGGUCUGACACCAGUGCCGCCGCUACGUUUAUCAAGAGCAAGGUCGCAGCUUAG